AUGCCGAAGUCAACUGCAGCUGAGAAGGCCCCGCCGUCGCUGAAGGUUUUACGGGUGAAAUUGAAGGAAAUUCAAACCAGCUUUUCCGACAUUUGGAUGUUUGUCGACGGGUACAGGGAGGAUUCAACUCAGGGUCAAAUUGAGGUUCGAUUGGGUAAAAUUGAUGAGCUGUGGGAAAACUUUUGCGAUACUUUAGUUCAGAUUAAGGCGCACGAUGACUUUAAGGAGACCGAUGAUUUGUUCGACAAGGAACGGCAGGACUUAAGUAACCAGUAUUACUUCUGCAAGGCAUUUUUGGUUGAUCGGGCAAGAGAAUUUGCGGUGCCGGAUUCGAUCAAUCACUCUGUUCGAUUGAACGAGUCGUCAGGCCAUAGUGGGAUGGAUCACGUGCGGUUGCCUCAGAUAAAAUUGCAAACUUUUAAUGGGGACAUCGAAGAUUGGCUUGGAUUUCGAGAUCUGUUUACCUCGUUAAUCCAUUGCAAGCCAGAUCUUUGUGAAGUAGAGAAAUUCCACUACUUAAAGGGGUGUCUUGAAGGGGAGCCAAAAACACUGAUAGACUCGCUUCAAAUAACCCAGGCAAAUUACACGAUAGCAUGGAAUAUUCUUUUAAAACGCUACAACAACAGCAAGCAGCUUAAGAAACGUCAGAUACAAGCAUUGUUUUCCCUUCCCCAUCUUGUCAAGGAGUCAAUAGCUGAUCUGCACGCUUUACUGGAAGGUUUCGAAAAGAAUGUUCAAAUCCUCGAUCAGGUUGUGCAGCCCGAGAACUAUAAGGAGCUUCUCUUGGUCCAUCUUCUCUCAACACGGUUGGAUUCUGUUACGCGUAGGGGGUGGGAGGAAUUAUCAGCUAGCAAGGAGACGGAUACUCUCGGAGAUUUGACAGAGUUUAUUCGGCGGCGGAUUGCGGUUCUAGAGGCGCUUCCAUCCAAGGCAUUGGAAUUGAAGGGUGGUUAUCAGCAGACAGCAGGGCAGAAGCAGAAACCGUACGUUCGGGUCAGCCACAAUGCUUCACAGCAGCAGCAGCAGCAACAGUAUCCGCAGCAACAGUAUCAACAGCAACAGUAUCAGCAGCAGCAGAACCAACAGCAGCAGAAACCAGGGGCAUGCAUCGUCUGCAAACGGGAACAGCAUGGUGUUCAUCAAUGCCCAAGAUUCAAGCGCUCCACUGUUUCGGAAAGGGUGAAUCUACUUCGAACACAUGGGUUGUGCCGAAAUUGCCUAAGAACGGGACAUCAGGCUCGGAAUUGUCCAUCGAAAUUCUCCUGCAAGCAGUGUAGUGGUCGUCAUCAUUCGCUGGUGUGCUUCCGCUCUGAAAACAACAGUAAUGGCCAGGUUUCAGCAAACGCAUCGAGGAAUGAUUCUCUCUCCGACGAUCAGGAAGCAGAAUCAUCGACACGUGUGGCGAACAUGGCAGCUCCAAUUGGUUCAUCGGUAAAUUCAGUUUCACAAUUUCGAUCUCGUGUUUUACUUGCGACAGCGGUGGUCAUUAUUGAAGACGAUAUGGGUAAUCAGCUUCCGGCAAGGGCUCUGUUGGAUUCCGGAUCUGAGAGUAAUUUUAUGACCCAACGGCUUAGUCAACGGAUAACGGUUUCUCGAAACAAGGUGGAUGUUUCGAUUCUCGGCAUUGGGCAAGUUGCAACGAAGGUGAAGCAGAAGGUCAGCGCUGUGGUAAAGUCUCGUACCUCUGAAUAUUCUCGUGAACUUAGUUUCUUGGUUUUACACAAGGUUACGGCAACUCUUCCGACAGCAGAUGUCAACACUGGGGGAUGGAAUAUUCCUAAGGGAAUUUCGCUAGCUGAUCCUGCUUUUUUCCAGUCCAACAGCGUGGACCUCGUCUUGGGAAUUGAGUGCUUCUUCGAGUUCUUCGAAACUGGUCGAAGAAUAUCGCUUGGAGCAAAUUUGCCAGCACUCAAUGAAUCAGUCUUCGGAUGGAUCGUAUGUGGAGGUGUUUCUCAACCGGAUAGCUCGCUAAGAGUCAGCUGCAACGUCUCGGCGAACGAGACACUUGAUAUGCUGGUGUCACGGUUUUGGGAAUCCGAAGAGAUUGGAUCAAAGAGGAACUUUUCCCCGGAGGAGAGUCUAUGUGAGGAGAUUUUUGAGCAGACGGUUCAGCGGAGUUCAAGCGGGCGAUACAGUGUUGCUCUGCCUACGAAAAGGGUUGCGGUGUCAAGGCUCGGUGGCUCCAGAGACAUCGCUUAUCGGCGGCUCUUGGGUACAGAACGUCGAUUUGCCAGGGAUACAGAACUGAAGCGCCAGUACAUGGAAUUUAUGGAGGAGUAUCAUCAACUUGGGCACAUGCGAAAGGUUCCGGCGGAGGAUAUUGGCAAUUUCAGAAGGUGUUUUCUGCCACAUCAUCCGGUAAUAAAGGAGGCGAGUACGACUACCAAGGUGCGCGUAGUCUUCGAUGCCUCUUGCAAGACAUCUUCGGGAGUAUCGCUCAACGACGUCUUGAUGACCGGGCCGGUUGUACAGGAUGACCUCAGGUCCAUCAUUAUGCGGUGUCGGACGAAGGCGAUUAUGCUGGUGGCAGACGUGGAGAAGAUGUUUCGCCAAAUUGAGAUUCAACCCGAAGACAGACCUCUCCAGUGUGUGUUAUGGCGCAACAAUCCGAACGAAGAAGUAGGUGUUUACGAGCUGAACACGGUGACCUACGGCACGAAGCCAGCACCGUUUUUGGCUACCCGUACUCUGCAACAGCUCACAUCAGAUGAGGCAGCUCGUUUUCCCUUGGCAGCGCAAGCGAUGGCGGAUGACACCUACAUGGACGACGUCAUUACCGGAGUGAGCAACCUCGAAGAAGCAAUUGAGCUUAGGAAGCAGUUGGAGCAGAUAACGGAAAGCGGAGGUUUUCGACUACGCAAGUUUGCUUGUAAUCGGUCGGAGGUUCUACAGGGUAUACCGGAAGACAAUUUAGCGAUUCCUGGAUUCGUGGAUUUGGAUCCAGAUCCUUCUGUCAAAACAUUAGGACUGACUUGGAUGCCUGGUUCGGAUACAUUCAUGUUCCAGUUCAAUUUGCCUCAAAUCGAAGAUUUUAACUUUACAAAACGCAACGUUCUCUCUGUUAUUGCCAUGUUAUUCGAUCCCCUAGGGCUGAUUGGGGCCACUAUUACAAUGGCGAAAAUCUACAUGCAGCAGUUGUGGACUCUUCAAAAUUUUGACGGCAAUAGGCUUGAUUGGGACGAGCAACUACCUUCCACGGUGGGUGUGCGUUGGCGAAAAUUUCACGAGGAGUUGUCCUGGCUGAACACCAUUAGAAUCGAUCGCUGUGUUAUUCUCCCCAACCCGAUAGAGCUGGAACUUCAUUGUUUCUCGGAUGCUUCUGAGAAGGCGUUUGGCGGUUGCAUCUAUCUUCGCAGAAGAGAUUUGCAUGGUUUAGUUUGGACUAGACUAGUUUCGUCGAAAUCUAAGGUUGCCCCAUUAAAAUGUCAAUCGAUAGCACGUCUCGAACUCUCUGGAGCAUUAUUGAUUGCAGAACAAUACGAAAAAGUGAAGGAUUCCUUGAAAAUUUCGGCUAAGGCGUUCUUCUGGACCGAUUCGACGUGCGUUUUGCGUUGGUUGCAAGCGAUUCCGACUGUGUGGACGACAUAUGUGGCAAAUAGGGUGUCGAAGAUUCAAACCAUCACUCAGGGUUGCAAGUGGAGCCAUGUACCAGGCAUUGAGAACCCGGCGGACUUGAUAUCGAGAGGAGUUUCGCCAGCAAACAUCGUGGAGAACCAGUUUUGGUGGAGAGGGCCAGCCUGGUUGCAAGAAUCACCGGAAAGUUGGCCUCAAGCGCCAGCGUUUUGUAUUCAAAAUGAAGGAGAUGAGGAACUGCGUCGUACUACUGUGGUUGCUGUUGCCUCUGAAACGGAGGAGUUCGUUAAUACUUACAUUUCUAAAUUUUCGUCUUAUAUUGACCUUAUUCGAAAAACUGCUUACUGGCGACGCCUGAAAACUUUUCUUUGGUGCAGAUUGAGAAACCCAGCAGCAGAACCAAAUAAAGGUUUUCUCUCUGUGUCGGAAUUGAAGCAUGCUGAGCUCGAUCUAAUUUCUCAGAUUCAGAAGGUAGUGUUUGCGGGUGAAUGGAAGGUAUUGGCAGAAGGAAAAUCGGUGUCUAGGAGUUCGCCGAUGCGUUGGUAUAACCCUUUCUUGUCCUCUGAAGGAGUAAUUCGACUUGGUGGUAGACUGAGGAAUUCUGAUGAGCCCCAUGAUGCAAAGUAUCCUGUUGCCCUGCCCGCUAGGAACCCUUUUUCGACGUUGCUCAUUAGGUAUCACCACGAGAAGCUGCUACACGCAGGCCCACAGCUUUUGUUAAGUGUCUUGAGACAGCGUUACUGGAUUUUUGGAGGAAGAGAAACCGUAAGGAAUGUAGUUCAUCGUUGUUUGAGAUGUUAUAGAGCCAAGCCAUCUCCAGUCCAGCAGUUCAUGGGCGAUUUACCUGCUUCCAGGGUGACCAUCGCCCCAGCCUUACGACGAAGCGGUGUGGAUUAUUUCGGCCCCGUUUAUGUCAGACCCGUUCCCCGUCGCCCGGCAGUCAAGGCCUACGUUUGUAUUUUUGUCUGUCUGUGCACAAAGGCUGUUCAUCUGGAACUGGUUUCAGAUUUGACCACUGACCGCUUCAUCCAAGCGUUGCGUAGGUUCGUAGCUCGCAGAGGAAAAUGUGCGGAAAUCCUAUCUGAUAACGGUACGAAUUUCGUUGGUGCCCGUAACAAAAUGAGAGAACUUUUACAGCUUCUAAGGGAUCGUUCUCAUCGUGACCAAGUAGCAAAGGAGUGCGUUAAUUCCGGAAUACAGUGGAGCUUCAGUCCGCCAAGCGCCCCGCAUUUCGGUGGUCUCUGGGAAGCGGUGGUGCGUUCAGCCAAGAAUCAUCUGCUUAGAGUGCUGGGAGAAGAACCGGUUUCGCCAGAGGAUUUCAACACGCUAUUAGUCCAGGUAGAAGCGUGUCUAAACUCCCGACCGUUGACACCCUGUUCAGACGACCCUAAUGACUUGGAGCCCCUAACACCUGCUCAUUUUCUCAUCGGUAGCUCCUUGCAAGAAGUGCCAGAUGAAAAUGUCCUAGAUGUACCCUUUAAUCGACUGAGUAAAUGUCAGCAGGUUCAAAAGCGAUUUCAACAAUUUUGGAAGCGAUGGCGGCGGGAGUAUUUGUGCCAGCUACAAGCAAGGACCAAGCGGUGGAAAUCUCCAGUUGACAUCAACGAAGGCAUGCUUGUUGUUCUGAAGGACGAGAACCUCCCACCCCUACGUUGGAAAAUGGCUCGUGUACAAAAGACUUACCCUGGCAGCGAUGGAGUUGUACGAGUCGUCAAAUUAAAAACUGCGCAAGGAUGCAUCGAUCGCCCAGUAGAAAAACUUUGCAUUCUUCCCAUCAAACCAAUCGAAUCAUAA